AUGCUGCCCAGGGCAGCCCGACCGCCUUGCUUGCGCUUCUCCGAGCGCUUCAUACUCCGCGGGACCGCCGAUCCGCGUUCAGCAUCAUGGCGAGCUGCUAGCUAUGCCACUCACCUUCGAGCCUUUUCAACGGGGAAAGGCCCCUUGCGAAAACAGUCAACCCCCGACACUCCGUCAGACUGGAAACCGCCGAGCUCGCACGCGCCGCCAGUAUCUCGUCCGGUCGAUGCAACCCCCGCCCUGAAGCCGAAGGAUGUCCAAAGCACGGCUGCGUCGGCGUCGCCGAAGAAGGACCUGCUUAGCGAGACCACAGUCGCAAGCAAGGAGCAGAGGAAAGCAGACUGGGCUAUAAUGAAGGAGAUGGUGAAGUACCUGUGGCCCAAGGAUGACUGGGGAACGAAGCUGCGUGUGGGGACAGCCUUGUCAUUACUGGUCGGCGCAAAGAUUCUGAAUGUCGAAGUUCCCUUCUACUUCAAAAGCAUUGUCGAUUCGAUGAACGUGGACUUUGCAGCUAUUGGGGGUACCGCUUACACAGUCGCGGGGUCUAUGAUCAUAGCCUACGGCGCGACGAGAAUCGGCGCCACCCUCUUUCAAGAGCUGCGAAAUGCGGUUUUUGCUAGCGUCGCACAGAAGGCGAUUCGCCGCGUCGCGCGGAAUGUCUUCGAGCACCUCCUCCGACUCGACCUGAACUUCCAUCUCAGCCGCCAGACGGGUGGAUUGACGAGAGCAAUCGACCGCGGAACCAAGGGUAUCAGCUUCCUGCUGACGUCCAUGGUGUUCCACGUCGUCCCUACUGCUCUGGAAAUCUCUCUUGUCUGCGGAAUUCUGACGUACCAGUAUGGCUUCCAAUUUGCCGCCAUCACCGCCGCCACGAUGGUGGCCUACUCCGCGUUCACUAUCACGACGACCGCGUGGCGCACCAAGUUCCGGAAGCAGGCCAAUGCCGCCGACAACCGGGGAGCCACCGUGGCGGUGGACUCGUUGAUCAACUACGAGGCGGUCAAGUACUUCAACAACGAGAAGUUUGAGGUGGCACGCUACGACAAGGCUCUCAAGGCGUACGAAGAUGCCUCCAUCAAGGUCACGACCUCGCUGGCGUUCCUCAACUCGGGCCAGAACAUGAUCUUCUCCAGCGCGCUCGCGGCGAUGAUGUACCUGGCCGCCAACGGCGUUGCCAGCGGUAACUUGACCGUCGGCGACCUGGUUAUGGUCAACCAGCUGGUGUUCCAGCUUUCGGUGCCGCUGAACUUCCUUGGGUCGGUGUACCGGGAACUGCGCCAGUCGCUCCUUGACAUGGAGACGCUGUUCAACCUGCAGAAGGUCAAUGUGAACAUCAUGGAGAAGCCGGACGCGAAGCCGCUGCAGCUCAAGGGCGGCGAGAUCCGGUUCGAAAACGUCACAUUCGGAUACCACCCGGACCGGCCGAUCCUCAAGAACGCAAGCUUUACGAUUCCUGCUGGCCAGAAGUUUGCGAUCGUGGGACCCAGCGGCUGCGGCAAGUCGACGAUUCUGCGCCUCCUGUUCCGGUACUACGACGUGCAGGAAGGACGCAUCUUGGUGGACGGCCAGGAUGUCCGCGACGUGACGCUGGAGAGUCUGCGGAAGGCGAUUGGCGUGGUGCCGCAAGACACGCCCCUCUUUAACGACACGAUCGCGCACAACAUCCGCUAUGGGCGCAUUGACGCGACGGACGAGGAAGUGCGGAAGGCGGCGCAACGGGCGCGGAUUGAUGAGCUGAUCGAGAAGCUGCCGGAGGGGUACAAGACGGCCGUAGGAGAGCGGGGAAUGAUGAUUUCGGGGGGUGAGAAGCAGCGACUGGCGAUUUCCCGGUUAUUGUUGAAGGACCCGGAGCUGUUGUUCUUCGACGAAGCGACGUCGGCGCUGGACACGUACACGGAACAGGCGCUGUUGCAGAACAUCAACAGCAUCCUCAAGGAAAAGGCGCGCACCAGCGUGUUUGUGGCGCACCGACUACGAACCAUCUACGAUAGCGACACGAUCCUGGUGCUGAAGGAGGGUCGUGUGGCGGAGAUGGGGUCACACCGGGAGCUGUUGGAUCUGAAUGGCAUUUACGCGGAGUUGUGGAAUGCGCAAGAAAUGUCCCUUGCGCAGGAUGGAGAGGAGGAGAGCAUCGAGACGGAAGAGGCGGAUCCUCGACAGAAGUAG